AUGGCUCUAAGUCGCCCGCAGCCAUAUGAGAGCAGACCCGCUCCUGCACAGGUCUACUCCGGCCCCAACGAAGGAUCUCCGGUUUACGCCAUGGAUCAGCAACAAAUUCCUGGCUCCUAUGGUGGACACUAUGGAAUCCAAGGUGCUCAGUAUGCAGGCAAUCUAGCACGAAACGAACCGGGCUGGACAGAGCGAGUCCUCGACGAAAUGAAGGACAUGCUUCUUCUCCUUACCCCACAGGGUCGAGUCUCCUAUGCCAGUCCGUCAUGCAAGAAUAUCACCGGCCGUGCCUCGGCACAACUCGAGGGAAGCCUCUUAACGCAGUUCAUCCAUGAGGACGACCAGGCAAUCUUCCAGAAAGACAUGGACGACGCCGUCGCCUCGAACCAGUCUUUCCGCACCCAUUUACGAUUCCAAAAGACAAACAACACAUAUUGCCUCAUAGAAGCAUGCGGACAUCCACACAUUGCGAAACAGGGUGAGCGCCAGACUGGGAGGGUAUCACCUACCGCGGCGCGCUGCACCGGCUUCUUCUUAAUGUGCCGACCGUAUCCCAACAAGAUCUCGCAGCUUCUCGACUCAUUCCUGGAGCACAAGAUUGAGAACGCACGUCUGAUUCAACAAAUUGCCCAAUUGAAGAAAGAAGAAGACGAAGAGGCGAGCGUGAUUCGAGCCCCCCAGGCGCAAGAUCUAGCCCAGACAUUUGAAUCGCACAGUCAAACCUCAGCACCAGAAGGCGGAUCCAGCGACCAGGAAUCCACAGACACAGUCGCGCAGACAUCAGACGACUCCGAUGCAAACCCAUCGGUCGAUUACCAAGAAAUCAACCGCAGCGAGUAUCCCUCGCACAUCGACGGCAUUGAAGUCAUGACAGGUCUCUACUACGGCGAAGGCGAGAGAUCCCAAGGCUUGAGUACAGGAAACAGUCGCGGCCGUCUAGUCCACUGCGACAUCGACAUAACCACCGCAGCGGACCAAGAGCGUAACGCGCAGGAAGGCGACCGCCGCAAGCGACUCAAGAGCCAGCAUGUCUGUGGUGACUGCGGAACGGCCGACUCGCCAGAAUGGAGGAAAGGGCCCAAUGGGCCUAAGACCCUAUGCAACGCCUGUGGCUUGCGUUGGUCUAAGAAGGAGAAGAAACGUCAGGAGUCGACCUGA